CCAAUUCUGAAUCUUCAACUAAUCUCUCUUCUUAACACAACUCAACACACACCACUCUCUCUCUCUCUCUCUCUCUCUCUCUCUCUCUCUCAAUACACAAGCAGCGAGACGAGAGUUAAUAUGAAAGCAGUCAGCGUGACAGACGGCGACGGCAACGGCGACACGUGUAGAACGAUCGGCGUGGCGUUAGUAUCGGGAUCAUCACCGACCGGCGAGGCCUACGAAUAUGACGAACAGUACACGCCGCCUUUCAACUUCGCAAUGGUCGAGAAUGGAAUAUACAGGUCUGGCUUUCCAGACUCCACUAACUUCUCCUUCUUGCAAACCCUCUCCCUUCGCUCCAUCGUAUAUUUGUGUCCGGAGCCAUACCCAGAGGUGAACGCUGAGUUUUUGAGGUCCAAUGGCAUUCGUUUGUUUCAGUUUGGUGUUGAUGGUAGUAAGGAACCUUUUGUCAAUAUCCCAGAGGAUACAAUCCGUGAAGCACUAAAAGUUGUCAUUGAUAUUAGAAAUCACCCCCUUUUAAUUCAUUGCAAACGAGGCAAGCACCGAACAGGCUGUGUGGUAGGGUGCCUGAGAAAAUUGCAAAAAUGGUGCCUGACCUCAAUCUUUGAUGAGUAUCAGCGCUUUGCAGCUGCCAAAGCUAGGGUUUCUGAUCAGAGGUUUAUGGAGCUCUUUGAUAUCUCGACUUUCAAGCAUAUACCUAAGGAGUUUUCAUGUCUAAAGAGGAUGAAUUUCAGCUUUGAAGGGACAAUAAUAUCUUACCCUCCCAAGGACAAUGAAGCUUUCUUUUCGUUUCGUGGGCAAUAAGUAGCAGCUUCUCUUGUUUGAAGUACCCAAAAUCAUCUCGAAAUCUCGCUAUAAUUACAAGAAUAUUAGCAAAUAUUAUAGGAUUUUGUUUUCUAUUGUUUCAGCAUUAUAGGCUGACUAUGCUUCACUAGGAGGUCUUUCAGGCUGUAGCUAGUAUGUUUAGUCUUGAAUACUACCUUUCACCUGAUGGUUUUAAUAAAAAGCUGUAGCAAAUAUUUUUCAACAUCUGUUUUCCUACGUCAACAAUAGAAGAUCAAGCCUCUUUAGAUGUCACUUCGCUUGUAAGAGUUUAUGUUGAUAUUUACAGGCAUCUUGAUGAGGGGAGUUAAACUUAUUACUUUCGAGAGCAUGUUUAUUUUCUAGAAAAUAGUACAACACCUAAUGAAAUCCAACACCUAAGAUAAUAUAUCAAUUAAUCGAGAUAUUGGUUAAUCAAUCAAUUCAUAAUUUAUUAAUUUAUCAUUAGAUUACAUUAAUAUAUCGAUUAAUAUACAACUACAAUAAAUUUUCAAACAUAACCAUAACAUUCAUAAAUGCAGUUCAUGAAGUUAAUUAGACUACAUUCAUGAAUGUAAUUAAGGGCAUGUUUGGCAUUCGUAAAAAGUUGGUUUAAACUAUUUGGUUAAUCUGGAAGCAGUUUUUCUCAACAACGCUUUUGGUUAAAAUUAUGUUUUUCAUGAACGCUACUUUUUUUGGCAGGAUCAAGCCCUUAAAGAAACAACUUUAUAAAUUACACGAUUUUUAUUCUAAAACAAAGUCAUACAAAACCUUGGAUCAAAAACAUAUAUGUGUGCUUGUGUGUGUGUGUAUAUGUAUAAAGUGUUACUCCAAUACUAUCCAAAUUAGCUUACAAAUUAAAAACUAGUCCCCAACCAAUUUUUAAUCACUAUUUUCACUACAGAAUUCACCCAUUUGUACAUCACAAACACACUGUUUUAUAUAUCAACGUAUAUGAUCAUCAUCUUCACCCGUAUUGCAAUAAAGGACUUCAUGUCACCAGUACCUACACCUUUUAUCACUUGCCACCAUCACCCACCACCUUUUAUGACUUACCACAACUAACAACUACUUACCACCAUCAUACACCUCUUUAUCUUUUACGACCAUCACGGACCUCCUACAACUACAAUUGAUCAUCAAUAAUUGACCACCAAUAGUUAACAUAAGUAGAUUUUCUCAAUUGUGAAAAAUAGAAAUUGCUGAGUUUACUGUAUAAAACAAUUAUUAAUGAAGUAUAAACGGGUUAUUUCUGUAGUUGUAAACAGUGAUUGUGGAAUUGGUUUUUAGUUUGUAUUUAAGAAUUGGUUUGUAUUUAAUCACUAGGCUAUGUAUAUAUAACAACAUAUUAACGUAUUAUUAGCAAAACUAAAAAUGUAAUUUCAUUCAACGUCAAACAUCAUAUACACAACAUUGAUCAAAAUCAGGGUUCUUGAACUUGCUUGGGUUUCCUUCGGAGGCUCAAAAGGAAAUUGAGAAGCACUAAUUUAAGUCUUGUCUUUUGUGAUGAACUUUUUGUGCGGAGCCCAUGCUUAUUUGUAACUACAGAAAAAGGUUUCCUAUAGAAAAUGACAUCGAUUUGAUUUUAUGACCCUUGGAGCUGUUGGUAUUUUCUUCGUGCAACUGAGACCAACCUUGUGUCAUUUUACUAGCAGUGAGUAGUUGACUCUUCAAUUUUUGUAUCCAACUAUAGAAGCUUAGGAUUAUAGUGAUUAUACCAUCUAAUCCUAAUGUAAUUAAUACCUUUUUGUAAUAAUUUUUGCAAAAAAAGAUAAAAAAGUUAAAUAAAAUUCCUUUGAUGUACCUUUUGUGAUUAACUUGUAUUCGGAGAACCUUUCACUUCUUUGGGCAACAAGAUGGCAAUUUUGGUCCCAUACUCCCAUAUAGUAAAGGACAUUUGAAGGCAGAAGGUGGGGGAUAUGAUGAUUCUGUAGCACGAAAUUGCUAGAAGGGAAAGUGGAAAUGGAAAGGAUGCCGAGUCAGUUUCCAAUUGAUAUCACUAUUUUCAGGUCGGCAAAAGCAGCCAUUUAAUUGAGUUAAUAAAGUUGUAUGGUUCUUUAUAGGAAAGACAGGAAUAAUGCAGUAUGACAAUAACGUCACGAGACUGAGGACAAGAAGGCCGCCGGGGGACCAGCCAGGCCGAAUGUGUAUUAGAUAACUGUCAUUAUCUCUAUCGAUUAUGUUGAUCCACUCAUCCCGCCCACAUGCCCAUGGCUCACACAACAGUUGGGCGGUAAGAAAAGUUAGCUACAUGAUUGUUUUCAAAGCUUUCUAACGUGGCUCAGAAUUUAGAGACCAUUUUUUAAUGAUCACACAACUGUUGCAGGUGUUUUGUUUAAGAAGAGUUUAGAAAGGCUUUGCUGCUUUACCUUUUUGUAAGUUUGAUGUAUAUAAUAUGCUAUCAUUGUUACACAUAUUUACAUAUACGAUAUAACGUUAUCACAUAUGAUUGUCACAAUAUAUUUAUGUAUAUGAUGGUAUAUGACAGCUUUUUUUUCUA